GGGAAAAUAAAAAUAGACGUUGGAGAAGCGAAGAGACUCCAACGGCUCUAUUCUUCUCUCUCAAAGGCAGCAACGAUGAUAAGUUCUUUCUUAUCAGUAAAGUUCUGAGUUACUAUUAAGACUCUUUUGCGAGUUGCGAGAACCUGGGCAAUCGGAACGAGUUGCAUUCCGAGUCUAAAGAUGAGUCUUGGAAUUUUUUGAAAUCAAAACUCGAUUAAAAGGGAAUCCUGCUAUUUGUAAUGCUCUCCAGCUGCUAACCCACUCUCUUCAACUCUCAAGUCCCAUCGUUGUUCUCUCAUCAAGGGUUCCAUUUCGCGACGAAAACCGCAUGGAAUUGGAUUCCCGGUUUCAUCACUUUCACACUACAAGAAGUCAGAAGGAUUCCAUGGACGAUUCUCUAAUCAUCUCUCGCCUCAGAUCCAUUCUGCGAGCUUCAAUCCUAAGCUUGGUGCCCCAAUCGUAUGUCGACUUUCGAUUCUGCAUUCGCAGGCAUACCUGGAGAUGGUAGAUGUUUGUUCCGUUCUGUGGUUCAUGGAGCUUGCUUGAGAGAGGGAAAAUCAUCUCCAAGUGAGAGCACUCAAAAGGAGUUAGCGGAUGAGCUCAGAGCUAAGGUUGUGGAUGAAUUCAUAAAGAGGCGUGAUGAUACUGAAUGGUUUCUUGAAGGUGAUUUUGAUACAUAUGUUACACAGAUGAGACAGCCCCAUAUUUGGGGAGGAGAACCCGAGCUGCUUAUGUCCUCACAUGUGCUACAGAUGCCUAUCACUGUAUACAUGAAGGAUUAUAACUCUGGCAACUUCAAAAUCAUAGCUGAAUAUGGUAAAGAGUAUGGCAAGGACAACCCAAUCUGUGUGCUGUAUGAUGGUUAUGGACACUAUGAUGCAUUGCAAAACCCUUCUUGUGGACCACAGGCCAAGAUGUUUCCAAGGGCUGGGCAGUCGCUUGCCUUAUUCUAACUUAACAAGGCGGGGUGAGGGACACCUAGGUUCCUGUGUGGUCAUUUUUUUCUCUCUCUUGUUUACAUAUGUUUUUUUCCCUCUAAAUAAUGUUGUUUUUAAUAUAAUGUUGUUGCUAUAAUGCUGUAAUGAUAUUGCUAGAUAUAGUGGCAAAUUAGUGCAUAGAUUCAGUGUGUAUUGUUGUUGUUGUAAUGCUGUAAGCUUAAUUAUGUUAUUGUUUACUAGCUAUAAUGGAUGCAUAAAAAAAAUAUAAGGGCGCUUAGAUGAUGCUUAGGCGCCUAAGUGCUUAGGCAGCCUUUCAAUGCCUUGGGUCGUCUAGGCGCCUUGACAACCAUGUUUGUGACACUUGGACAGUUCAUAUAUGUGAUUGAAAUAUGAUUUUAUUUCAAGUAUUUUUUGAGGACCUACAUGUCAUAUUGAUAUAAUUUUUUUUAAUCAAGAAGUACCAUGGUCUUACAAAUCUGUUUUGGAAGUGGCAGGUACAAGAAAAGGUGGUCAUUCCGUUGGUAAGAAUUGCAGGGUUUAGCAUACAUCCCUAUAUAAUCUAUAUAUGACAGUGUACAAAAUUCUAUUCCUACCACAAUUUAAUAGUAUACUUGAUGAUUUGUAAGACCUAAGCUAACUAUUGACGAAGUGGUUCGGAAAGAUAUGCAAAGGUUAGGGCUUGAUCCUAGUAUGACUUUGGAUAGAGUUUUGUGGAGGACAAGGACCCAUGUUGCCGACCCCUUAUAGGGGAUGUUUCCCAUGAUGCGUCUUUUUCUACUGCUUUACCGGCUUUUCUUAUUUCAAAUUUUCCUCAUUUUUUUUAACCUCUCUCUUGGGCUUCUUUAUUUUCUAAUUUCAAUAUCGGAUCCAUGUAGCCGAUCCCAUUUAGUUGGGAUAAGAUUUUGAUUGUUGUUAUAAAUGAUGAUUUCAAAUAAAAGAUGUGAUUCAGCUGUGCAA